AUGUUGGACCUGUUCACGAUCUUCACCAAGGGUGGUAUCGUGCUGUGGUGUUUCCGUAGCACGAACCAACUCUUCGCCCCGUCAGUAAACGCACUGAUCAAGAGCGUUAUCUUACAGGAACGCUCGGGUGUGUAUGACCACGAUGGACUAUCGCUCCAGUAUAAGCUGGACAACGAGUUCGAGCUGGUGUUUGUUGUUGCAUUCCAGAAGAUUCUUCAGCUGUCGUACAUCGACAAGUUUCUUAGCGAUGUGCAUCUGGAGUUUCGCGAUAGGUACAAGAACGAUUUGCGGGUCGACAAUCGCAACUACGGCGAUUUCGACUUCAGUGCCGAAUUCCGGCGCAUCCUGGAGCGGGCGGAAAAGUGGGGCCGUCAGCAGGCGACAAUGCCGAAGCAGAUGCGCAGCUACGAAGAUUCGGCCAAAUCGAAGAAAACGGUUGCCUCCAUGAUCGAGCGCAAGGGUGAGGAAAAACCUCCCGCGGGCGGUAGCAAAAAGUCGGUGAAGAUAAACGAAAAGAAGAAGGCGGAACAGAUGGAUGGUGAUGGGGUGGAUACUUCAUCGCCGAAGAGUGGCUCCAAUGGGCCGGAACCGGGAGACGAUAAUCUGAUAAUGGAGAGCCGCAAAAAGUUUGCGGAGAAAAUGAUGGGCAAGGGUGGCAAGGGAGGCAAGCUGGAGAAGCAAAAGUCACCGAAGUCACCGACACAGCAGCAGAAGUCGGGCAAGCAGAUGCGUGUUUGGGACCUGGGCGGUAAUACGAAGGAUCUACCGAAUCUGGACCGGUCGAAAGAUCGUCCGGAGGAUGUGAAGAGUGACUUUACCCCGAACGAUCAGAUCAUUGGCAGUAUGCGGGGCGGCAUCCAGGAUCUGGACGUUGAGUCGGACAGUGAGGACGGCUAUUCGGAAGAGGAUGAAGAUGAUGACGAUGAGGCGUACGAAGAGCAGCGCGCUAAGAAACAGCAAUCAGGCCGUGGUGGCAUGUUUUCCAUGUUUAAGGGGCUGGUCGGUUCGAAGAAUCUGACACACGACGAUAUGCUGCCAGCGCUGGAUAAGCUACGGGACCAUUUGAUCGGGAAGAAUGUGGCGUCGGACAUUGCCCAGAAGCUGUGCGAUUCGGUUGCCGGCAAGCUGGAGGGUAAGGUGAUCGGUACGUUCGAUACGAUCGCUGCCACGGUUAAGAACACAUUGACCGAGGCGCUCGUGCAGAUCCUUUCACCGAAACGUCGUGUCGAUAUAUUGCGCGACUGCCUCGAAGCGAAACGUGUUGGCCGACCGUUCGUGAUGAGUUUCUGCGGUGUGAAUGGUGUGGGCAAAUCGACAAACCUGGCUAAAAUUUGCUUCUGGUUGAUCGAAAAUAAUCUGAGCGUGUUGAUAGCGGCCUGUGACACGUUCCGUGCCGGUGCGGUAGAACAGCUGCGUACGCAUAUGCGCCACCUAAACGCACUUCACCCGCCGGAAAAGCACGGUGGCCGCAAUAUGGUGCAGCUAUAUGAGAAGGGUUACGGUAAGGAUGCUGCCGGUAUUGCAAUGGAAGCGAUUCGAUAUGCAAACGAGAGCAAAAUCGACGUCGUACUGAUCGACACAGCCGGACGGAUGCAGGAUAAUGAACCGCUGAUGCGUGCGCUUGCGAAAUUGAUCAAAGUGAACGAACCGGAUCUGGUGCUGUUCGUCGGGGAAGCGCUGGUUGGUAACGAGGCGGUGGAUCAGUUGGUAAAGUUCAACCAGGCCCUGGCAGACUAUUCCUCCAGCGAUCGUCCACACAUCAUCGAUGGAAUCGUGCUGACCAAGUUCGACACGAUCGACGAUAAGGUCGGGGCGGCCAUCUCCAUGACGUACAUCACCGGGCAGCCGAUCGUGUUUGUCGGUACCGGCCAAACGUACACCGAUCUGAAGGCAUUGAACGCGAAAGCCGUGGUACACGCGCUGAUGAAGUAA